AAUUAAACAAAUAUUUUGCAAGAAAUAUUAGUGUAAUAUAUAUAGUGCAAUUUAUUAUAAUUCCACCACACUGUAGGAACUUUUGUUUACAUGGCAUUCCAUUGGUGCGAAAAUGUACACACAACUGCUUUUACUCCCAGAGACUAUCAAGUUGAAUUGGUGGCAGCUGCAUAUGAAGAAAAUACCAUUAUAUGUUUGGGACAUAAGUCCUCAAAAGAAUUUAUAGCAUUAAAACUCUUGCAAGAAUUGUCUAGAGAAGCACGCGAAACGCUUAAAAUUAGUUUAUAUCUUACAUGUAAUAGUAACUCAAUAUCCAUAUCAACCAUGCUGGAUCAUCUUACGGAUUUAAAAGUCUUCCAACAAGUUAAUGAUAAAGAAAAUGUUAACAUAUUCUCCACUUAUUAUCAUGUUUAUAUGGUGCAUCCUAGUUUAUGCAUAGCUGCACUAAAAAGUAAAGUUUUAAAAUUGGAAAAUAUCAACCUUUUAAUAUUAGAAGAUUGUCACAUUGUUAAUGUGUAUACGGAGAUAUUACCGCUAUUUGCUAUUAUAAUGCAUAAUAGUUAUGGCGUAUCGUCACCGAAAAUAUUAGGUUUAGCUGGUCCAUUACACAGUGCAGGCUGUUCGCUACAGCAGUUGAGUGCAAUGUUAAAUACGCUGGAGAGAAAUACGUUGUGUAAAGCUGAAACUGCUAGUGAUAUUGUUACCGUACUUAGAUACUGUUCAAAACCAUACGAAUAUAUUGUGCAGUGUAAACCAUAUAAUAAAGAUGAACUGAGCUUUUUACUUGAGGACAUUAUUUCAACACGGAAAGUGUUUCUACAAGACCAUCGCUAUGAUCCUACCGAAAUAUAUAAUACUGAAGAAUUCCUUGAAGAGCUUAAAGAUAUACCUGAUCCGAAAAAGGAACCGCUUGAGUUUCUUGAUAUAAUAAUGACAGUAUUGCAUGAGAUGGGUCCUUGGGCUACUGAUCGCGUUGCUCUUAGUUUAUUUCAAACAAUUGAAAGGCGAAAAAUAAAGACACCACACGAACGUCACUUCUUGCUUUUGAGUAUGGUAAAUACAGCACUCAUAGAGAUUCAUGCCGUGUGUGAAACCACAUUUCGUAAAACUUCCAAACACAAAAAGCUUGUAGAACGUUAUUCCAGUCCGAAGGUCUUGCGUUUGCUGGAAGUGCUAAGAUUAUUCAAGCCCACAGACUUUGUUACAGACAAUGAAAAAAUAAAAAAAAUGAACACAGAAUUAGAUGAAAUGGAUUUUCAACGUAUAUCGCGUGCCGUAGAACAAAGUUGUCAAAAUGUAGAAAAUAUCACAAGACAUCAAUUGGAAUCACGUUCAAUAGUCGAUAAUUUGGAUUCAAUUAUUAAGAUAACUGACACAACUGAUGCGCUAAGUAAAACUCUAAGCAAGAGUUUAAAAAUAAAUACAAACAAAAAAGGAGAGAAGCACCAACACAAUUCGCAUCAUAGGCGACAUGGUGGAGCACACGGUCGUACGCGUAGAAGACCAUUCACACGUAGACAAAUGCGUGAUAGAGAUGAUGGUUCCGAUACAUUAUGUGCUAUAAUAUUUUGUAAUAUGAAUCAUACUGCUCGGGUACUAUUCGAUUUGCUGGCCGAAAUGAGCAGACAUGAUCCAGAUUUAAAAUUUCUAAGAUGCCAAUAUACUACCGAUCGUGUUGCGGAUCCUGUUACUGAACCCAAGGAGGCAGAAGCCGAGCAUCGGCUUCAAGAAGAAGUACUAAAAAAAUUUCGUAUACAUGAUUGUAAUGUAUUGAUUGGUACUUCAGUGCUGGAGGAAGGUAUUGAUGUGCCAAAGUGCAAUUUAGUUGUACGCUGGGAUCCUCCAACAACAUAUCGUAGCUAUGUACAGUGUAAGGGUAGAGCUAGAGCUACACCUGCGUAUCAUGUGAUAUUAGUUGCACCAGAAUUUGACAUUUCAACCUAUACGCCGCAUAAUAAAAAUGAGCAAUUGUGCAAUGAAAGUCAUUUCCUUACUUGUAAGUUAAGUGAUAAUGAAGGUGAAGAUUUGGAUAUAACCGAUAAUUCGGAUACUGAAAGUAAAAGUAAACCCAAUCAGUAUAUAUUUGAUGCACCGCGUGGUACUGUAAAAAUACUUAAUCCUGAAGUUUUAACAAAUAAACCUCCCACGACAAGCGAUAUUCACUUAAAAGAAAUAAAAGAUGAAAACUGUACUGUAGAGGAACUAACUAUUGAUCUCCAAGAAGAUAAAAAUUUAAAAUGUAUCACAAAUGGCUUGGAUUAUGAAAUCAAAAAUGAAAGCCCUAUAACGGCGGAAAACUCCAUGUCCAAUCCCAGUGAUGAAUACAAAAAGAGUUGUGAAGUUGUAGAUACCAAUGAAAUACAUAAAGUGAAAAAGAAGAAACGUUUUCAAUGCAUACUCAUGGAGAAAGGGAUCAAGUUGAUUCCACUUACUGAAUUUCAAACUUAUGAAAAUGAAUCAUUAAAUAUGCAUGCAGCAACAAUAAGAAUCGUUGAUCAAUUAGCACAAUAUAGAGAAAUCGAAAAGAUGUUGCUGCAAAAAUGUGCUAAUUUUGAGCCACCUGAAGAGGAACAUAAUCUGGCGGAUCAGUAUGUUAACUGUAUUCUGCCUUACAAACCACAACCGGAUUUACUAACCGGUGCAUCUGUAGAUUUAUGCACUUCAAUAGCAUUAGUAAAUAAAUAUUGCUCAAAAUUGCCUAGUGAUACCUUUACGAAAUUAACAGCGCUCUGGCGUUCCACGGAAAUUGUACGCUGUGGUGUUAAAAUGUAUCAAUAUACACUACGUUUGCCCAUAAACUCACCACUUAAAUAUGAUAUUGUGCAAUUGAAAGAUCCACUUGUUAUAUUGAAACCAUGA